AUGGAUGAUGUAGAUGCGAAAAUGUUAAAGCAAUUAGUAGGGUCUAUGAGGUAUUUUUGUAAUACCAUACCUGAUAUUUGCUAUGCAAUUGGAAUGGUGAGUGGGUUUAUGAGUAAAUCGAAGUGGUCUCAUUACGAAGCUAUUGUUAGAAUUCUGAGGUAUAUAAAGGGAACUCUGAAGUAUGGAGCUUUGUUCCUUUCUGGUGCUGAUAAUGGCUCAGAACUUCUGAGCUACUCAGAUUUUGAUUGGUGUGGAGACAAAGUUGACAAAAGAAGUACUUCUAGAUAUUUGUUUAAGUUUCUGGCAAGUCUUAUUUCUUGGUGUUCCAAGAAGAAACCAAUUGUUGCUUUGUCAACUUGUGAAGCAGAAUAUAUUGCAGGUGUUGUGACUUCAUGUCAAACUGUGUGGCUUCUGAAUUUACUGCAGGAUCUAAAGAUCAAAGUAAACAAACCUCUGAAGUUGAUGAUUUAUAACAAAUUUAUAAUCAAUCUUGCCAAGAACCCAGUGCUGCAUGGGAUAAGCAAGCAUAUUGAGACUAAAUAUCACUUUAUGAGAAAUCGGGUUCAGAAUGGAGUGCUAGAAGUUGUGCAUUGUAGCAUCCAGAAGUAA